UGUGUGGACAAUGGGCACUGUGUGUGUUUAAUUGUGUAUUUAUGUGUGAAAUUUAACGAACAUUAUAGGGACGCUUAGGAACAACAAAAAUAAAAAAAAAUAAAAAAAUAACGUUUUUAAAUGAUAUUAAAUUGACAAUAAUUAUUGUAUUUAUUAAUAAAACUCCAUGGACAGUGAUGAGAAAAAAGAUAAAAAAAGAAGAGCUUCGCUUGAUGCCGAAAUGUUGGCAAGAUAUAAAGCAUCAAGAGGAAGAAUGUCUGACACAAAUCAAACAGAUUCAUCAGAUAUUGAUGAACUUUUGAUACUACACAAUGAAUCAUUGGAUAAUCAAAGUGUAAGUAUGGCUGAGGAUACAUCAUUUAGAGAUACAACACAAAGUAGUAUAUCAGCAAGUGAAAAUGAAGGUGAUACUGAUUUUGAUAAAAUGACUGGACGUAUUGCUGAACUUGAAGACGUUGUUGAUGGUAAAGAAGCAAUAAUACAAUCAUUAACAUCUGAAUUUGAUAUGUUAAGAAAUCAUUCAUCAAAUUCAUCACAAAGUCAUAAUAGUAAUACACAAUUUAAUGAUAUACUACAUAUUUAUCAAGCAAAAUUAAAAGAUUUUGAAGUAGCAGUAUUAAAAAGAGAUGAUUUAAUUCAGAGUUUAACAUUAUCACUUGAAGAAUCAUUAUUAUCACGUGAUAACAUACAAUUACAACUUCAAGAAAUGAUUAAAAUACCAGUUGUUAAUGAAACAACAAUAUCACAUUAUCCACCAGAAGCUAUUGAAAAAAUAAAUGAAUUACAAAAAUCAUUACAUUAUAAUAUUGAAUUAGCUAAAAAAAAUGAUGAAGAAAAUACAAAAUCUAUUAAUAAUUUAAAUGAAAAAUUACGUAUUUCAGAAUUACAUCUUAAUACAAAUCAUCAAGAAACAAUUAAUCUACAAAAAGAAUAUGAAUUACAAGUUGAAAAAAUAAAUAAAGAUAUGAUGAUUGUUGUUGAAAAAUUUGAAAGUGAUGGUGCAUAUAAAAAUAGCCAAAUAUUACAGCUUGAAAAUGACAUUAAAAAUUUAGAAUCCAAAUAUAACAAUGAUAUAAUUGAUAUGGAAAAUAAACACUCGGAUGAAUUGAAUAAAUGUCAAUUAAAAUUGUUAAAUUAUGAAAAAACAAUUGAAAAACUAAAACUUGAUAAAAAAAAUGAUAAAAUUGAGGUUAAUAAAUCACAAAAUUUAUUAUUACGUUGUCAAGAUGAUAAAUAUUUAUUAAAUGAUCAAAUUAAAUUAUUACAAGAUCAAAUACAAGAUUUAACAGCUAAAUGUAUUGCAACAACAAGUAUAUUAGAAUCAAAAGAAAGUAUUGAAAGAUCAUUAGAUGAUGCAUUAGCAAAUUUAACAUCAUUAAAAGAUGAAAAUGAUAUAUUAAAAUCAAAAUAUGAUGAUAUUAGUGGUAAAUAUUCAGCAAUUAAAUCAUUAAUUGAUAAUAAUCAAUUAUUAAAUGACAGAUCAUUAACAACUGAUAGACUCAGUGAAUUUAGUAAAGCAAGUUUUAUGAGUGAAUUAAAUACAACGACAUAUCAAAAUUUAGAUGAAUUAUCAUUACAAAUACAAAUGUCAAAAACAAAAUUAGAUGAAAAAGAAAAAAUGCAAAAAAAAUUAAAUGAUAAAAUUGAAAAAUUAGAAAUGAAUAUAUUUAAUUCAAAUGAAUUAAUUGAUGAUUUAACUAAAAAACUUGAUGAUACUAAUGAAAAACUUGAGAAAACAAAUAUGGAAAAAAAAACAUAUGAAAAAGAGCUUAAAGAUAUUAAAAAUAAAUUUGAUAAGUUAAUGUCAAAUAUACAUUUAUCAUCAUCAUCAUCUUCAUCAUCAAAUAAUGAUAAUAAUGAUGUUAUUAAAAAAAUUGAAUUAUAUUCAAAUGAAAUAAUUAAUCUUCGUCAAAUAAUUAAAAAUAAAGAUACUGAAUUAAUUGAAAAAGAUAAUAAUAUUAAAUUAAUUAAUGAAAAACUAAUUCAGUCUCAAUCAAAAUGUAAUGGAUUAAAAAGUGGUUUACAUCAAGCCUGGAAACAAUGUGCUGAGCAAGAAGAAAAAUUAAAUUUAUCAGUAUCAAUAAAUAAUAGUCAAAUGUUUCAUACAAUGGGAGAAAGUACAUUUAAUCAAAAUGAAACUGAUAAUUCAAAUGUCAGUAAAUAUUAUCAUAAUGAUACAACAACAAAUUUAAAUGAUACUGAUAAAUCAAUGCUUAUUAAAUUUGAAAAAAUUGAAACGGAAAAUAAUAAAUUACAUGAUGAAAUUAAUACUCUUAAAAAAACCAUUGAUAUAUGUAAUAAUGAUAAUGAUUUAUUACAAAAACAAGUUGAUGAAUUAAAAAAUAAUAUUAAUAUAUUAAAUGAAAAACAUAAAGAUGAAUUGUCAAGACUUGAAGCGUGGUUAUCUGGUUCUGGUAUUGAUAAAUAUAAAAAAGAUUUAGAAGAUAAACAUGCUAAAGAAAUGGAUGAACUUAGAAAAUUUUUUGAAGAAAAAUGUUUACAAAUGAAAAAACAAUAUUCUGAAGAAGUAUUUAAUCAACAAUCUAAAAAAAUGUCUGAUGAUAGUAGUGAAAUUGAUGAAUUAACUGAUGAUUUAUAUUAUGGUGGUGGUGAUGUUACACUUGGUGAUUCAAUUGACAUUGAAAAAUUAAAUAAUAGUCCUAAAAAAAUAUGUCAAACAAUUGAAAAGGUACUGCUUGAAGUCGAAUCAGACUCUGAAGAAAAUUGGCCAACAGAACUUUUACAAUUGCGAAAUAAAUUCACUAGUGAUGCUAAACGUGAAAUGGAAAAAUUAAAAGAAAUUCAUAGAUCAGAAAUAAGUCAUAUUAAAGAAGAACAUUUACGUGGAGUAUCAAGAAUAAUUGAACGACACAAUGAUGAAAUAAAAAAAUUAAAAGACAAUAAUAAUAAUAACAAUGAUAGUAAUAAAUUUGAUGAUAGUCAAAGUUUAGAUAUAAAUGAUGAAUUAAUGAAACAAAAAAAUUUAUACAAAACUUGUGUUACAUUGAAAAAUUUGGUGGUUGAUCUUGUUAAGUAUAUUGUAACAUGUGAAGAAGAAUUAAACAAUACAUUUAUUGGUGAAAUAAUAAAGCGUCAAAUUGAAAAUAAUAAAAAAAGCAAUGAUGAUUUAUCAGAAAAAGAAAUAAAUACAAAUGAUGAUUAUACAAAUUUACCAAAAAAUAAAAUAAAAAGAGUACAUUUUGCACCAAAAAUGAAUAAAAUAUCAUCAAUUGUUAAUAGUGAAACAGAUAUAUUAUUAAAACUUGUUGAAGAAGAAAAAGAUAUAUCAACAAAAUUACGUGAAGAACUUGAAAAAUGUAUUGACAUAAUGAAAACAGAAAGUGCUGAAAUAAUUGAUAUAUCAUUAUCACCUGGUGAAACAAUGCUUGAUACAAUAACAAAACAAAUUGUAUGGACAACUAAAAUAAAUGAAGAACUUAAUGCAAAACUUCAAGAAGCUGAAACUACAAUUCAAGAUUAUCAACAAGAAUCAGAACAGCUUAAAAUAACAAUUAAUACUUUACAACAAAAAUUAAUUAUUGAUGAUAAUAAAGAAAUAAUAUCUGAAGGAUAUGGAGAAAAAGAUGAUACUACUAAUGAUAUUAUUGAAGAAGAUUUAAUUCAAUUACAAGAAAAAGCACGUCUUGCUAUAAUAUCUGGUGACAAUGACAGUAAUUAUCUUCUUCAAUUAAUUGAAGAACUAUCAAGAUGUAAUGAAAAAAUAUCUGAAGAUUCAAAAAAAGAUAAAGAAGAUUUACAAUUACAGCAGGUGUCAUUAGAUCCCCUUUCCUCCCAAAGUAUUCACAAGCUACGAUAUCAAAAGGUUGCUGCUGCAGAUAAACAAUUACGUUCAACACGUCAAUUUUUAGAAGAACAAGCAUAUGAACGUGAAGCUGAACGUGAUGAAGCUGCAAUAAAAAUUAAGCUACUUCAAGAACAAUUAAAAGAACGUGAACGUGAUAAAGAACGUGAUCUUCGUAUUUCUUCUGAGUCGGCUUCAUCUUCACGCGAAUCAUCAGUGGCAACAUGUAUUUCACCAACAACUUGUAUACCAGAAUUUGUUGAAUCAUUGGAAUCACAAGUACGUGAAAUGUCAUCAUUAAUAUCAAUAACUGAAUCUAAAAAAUUAGAUACUGAAAAUGAGCUACAAUCAGCAAUUUCAAAAAUAUCAGAUUUACGUGAAAUAAUACGUGAUUUUGAACAACAGCUGUUGAUAAAAAAUCAAAAUGAAGAAUCAUUUAAAAUACAAAUUGAACAUUUAAAAGAUAUUAUUAAAACUAAAAAAAAUCAUCAACGAGAAUUAGAAAAUGAACUUGAAGCAAUUAAAAUUGGUGAUGAUGAUCAAAUGAAUGAUCAUUUAAGUCAUCUUCAAGAUGAAUUGAGAAAACAUAAAUUAAGUACAGAACAUUUUAAUGUUAAUUCAACAGCAUUGAAACAAAUGAAAAUUGAAAUAUAUGAAAUGUCAAAACAUCUUGAUAAAAGAAUAAAUGAACUUGAAACAUUACACAUGUGUGGUUCAAAUUUAAGUAUAAGUCAACCAUCAGAAGAUGUAUCAAUACGUGAUCAAAUUGAUUCAUCACGUUGUAAAACACCUGAUGAUGAUACAACAUCACCACCAACUUUACCACUUGAUCAAAUAUUAAAAUUAAAAGAUAAAUUAUUAAAACAUUCAAGAACAGAAGAAGUUGCAUUUAAAAAAAUUAAAGAUUUAGAUAUACAAUUAUCAAAUUAUAAAUUACAAAAUGAAGAAUUAAUUGCUGAACAAGAAAUAUUACAACAAAAUAAUUCAGAACAAUUAUUUCAACUUGAACAAAUGCGUGGUAGAUUAGAAGAAUAUAAACAUUCAGCACCAUUUGUACAGCGACAAGCAACAUCAAAAUUAGAACUUGAAUUACAUGAUUUAAAAGUUAAAUUACAAACAAUGGAACAAAUAAUUAUAUCAAAAGAUUUACAAUUAAAAAAUUUAAAUCAACAAUUAGAAAGAAUUAAUAAUUUAUUAAUUGAAAAACAAGAAGAAUAUGCAUCAAUUGUACAAAAUGAAAAUGAUACUAUUCAACAAUUACGUAAUCAAUUAAAAUUAUUAAAUCAUGUUAAAUAUCAAUUGGAUAAAAAAAUGGCUGAACAAGAAGAUUUUCCACAAUUAAUUGAAUCAAUGUUGGCUGAUAAAAAUGAUGAAAUUGAUCAUUUAAAACAACAAUUAAAUAAUAAAGAUAAAAAAAUUGAAUCAUUAUUAGAUGAUAGUAAUAAUAAUAAGCAACAACAACAGCAACAACAACAACAGCAAAAUAAUGAACCUAAAAAUUCAGCUCGUACAUUGAGUGAUAUUGUUUCAAUAAAUUCAGAAUGUGAAGAUAUAUGUGAAACAAUGCGUGGUGAAAGUACACGUGUUAAUCAUAAUUUUACUCAAAAUAUAUCAACAAUGAAAAUUCCAACAGUUAAUAAUAAUAAUAGCAGCAAUAAUAAUAAAAAUAAUCAAGCUAAAGAUAUGUAUCUUGAUGCAUCUGUUAUUCCACUUGUUGAUAGUGGUAAAUUAAAUUAUUAUGUUCCACCACUUAAUUUGGAAGAAUCACCAACACACAGUCCAAAUAUUUUAAAACAAAUAUCACCAAGUGAAGUUGCUAUGCCAUCAUUAUCAUCAGAAAGUAUACAAGUAUCUGAUAUUACUGAUAAUAAUCAAGAUAAUAUAAAACAAAAAAAUUCAUCUGGUUCAACAAAAUAUGCUGUUGAAGAUUUAGAAAAUCAAUUAAAAGCAAUUUAUGAAGAACUUAAAAAUAAAUCAUCAACACUUGAUAAACGUGAACAUGAAUUAAAUGAAUUAAAAUUACGUCUUGAUGAAUUACGUACAGAAUCAAAAAAUUCAAUUGAUGCAUUAACACGUGAUAAUGAUUAUUAUAAAAAUAAAUUUGAAUUAUUAAAAAAUAAUGAAACAAAAAUAUUACAAGAUUAUGAUGAAAUUGAAAAUAAUUUAAAAUUAAAAACAGAAGAAUUAGAUUGUUAUAAAUUAAAAAUUAAAAAUAAUGAAAAUAUUAUAAAUGAAUUAAAAACAGAUAAUAAAAAUAUAAAACAAGAUAUUAAUAAUUUACGUGAAAAAAAUAAUCAAGAAUUAUUAAAAUUACGUGAUUUAUUAUUUAAUAAAGAUGUUAUUAUUGAAACAUUACAAACAAGAAAUACAGAAAUUGAAAAUGAAAAUAAACAACUUUAUGAAUAUAAAACAAAAUAUGAAAAAUGUAAAAAAGAAUUAAUUGAUUGUCAAAAUGAAUUGUGUCGUUUAAGAGAUGGUAUUAAUAAUCGUGAUAGUCUUAUACAAAGAUUAGAACAAAUGGCAAGACGUAGUACAUCAAGUGAAAAUAAUUCAUCAAGUGAUAAUAAUAAUAAUGAUGAUGAUAAUAAUAAUAAAGACGAAGAAAUACAUCAUUUAAAAGAAUAUUUAAAAGAAAAAGAAAAUAUAAUACGUCAAAUGAAUGACGAUAGUAAAAGUUUACAUCGUUCACUUGAAACAAUACAAAAUAAAAUGAAAGAAUCUGGUAAUGUUGUUGAUUUAAGAAAAAAAUUACAACAAGAACGUAAAUAUAAUGCUGAAUUUGCUAAAAUGAUUGCAAAAUUAACAAAUGAAUUAAAAAUAAUACGUGAUGAAACAACACAACAAAUAACAAAUGAUAAUAAUAAUGAUAUUGAAGAUCGUGUACAACGUGAAUUGGAUUUAUCAGCUGAUCUUGAUAAAAGUAUACUUGAAGCAAUUGAAAUUGAAAAUGCUGAAAUGUCAAUGAAUAAUAAUAAUAAUAAUCAUGAAUAUCAUUCAUGUAAUUCAAUUGAUAUUAAACCAGUUAAAAAUGAUUUAGAAAAAAUAAUUGAACAAUAUACUGAUAUACGUAAUAAAUUGGAUAAACAAAUAAAAAUAAAUCAACAAUUAAAAUGUCAAAAUGAUGAUUAUGAAAUACAAAAAGAUAUGUUUAAAUCACAAAUAAAUGAAUAUGAAAAUCGAAUAAUACAAAUAAAAACAUUAUUUGAUAAUGAAAAUAAAAAAAAUAUUGAUUUAAAUAAAAUAAUAACAACAUUAAAAUCAACAAUAAGAAAUUUAGAAAUUAAAUUUAAAAAAGAUAAAACAACAUUUGAAAAAUUACAAUUAGAAGAUUCUGAUUUAAUUAAUAAUCUUACAAUUAAAUAUAAUGCAUCAUAUAAUUCAGAAAUAUAUUUACGUAAUUCAUUAACAGCAUUAAGACAAGAAUAUGAAAAAAUUAAAAUACAAUUACAAAAUACAUUGAAACAACCACAAAAUAAUAUUAAUACAGAAAAAUUAGAUGAUAAUAAAACAGAAAUAACAUAUGCUGAAAAAUAUGAAAAACAAAAUCGUGAAUAUUUAGAAUUAAAUGAAACAAUGAAAAAAUUAAAUGAUGAAAAAAAUCGUUGUAUGAAAAAUUUAGAAAUUUCAAUUGAAGAAAAUGAAAAAUUAUUAAGUAAAAUUGCAUUAUUAGAAGAUGAAAAAGGACAUAUUGAAAUUGAUUUAAAACAUACUGUUGAAGAAUUAAAAUUAAAAAGUGAUGAAUGUGAUUGGUUACAAAAAAGAAUAAAAACAAUAACAAAUGCUGAUGAAAAACGUACAAAACAAAAAAUUGAUCAAGAAAAUGAAUUAAAAAAUUUAAGAAAAGAAAUUGAUAAUAUGAGAGAUGUUAUGAAUGACGUUGGUAUUGAUGCUGAUGAAAUUCGACGACAAUUAACACAAUCAUUAAGUGAACAAGCACAAUUAUCACAAGUUGUUAUGAGUCUACGUAAAACAGAAGCUGAUUUAAAAAAAAAAUUAAAUGACGCUGUAUCUGAAGAAACAAAACUCAAAGAAAUUAUUAAUGAUUUACAAAUUAAAUUACAUACAUCAAAAGAACAUGAUGAUAAUGAUGAUAAAGAAAAUAAUGAUAAAAAUACAAGUGAAUUAAAUUUUAAAAAAAUUAUUAAAAAUUUAAACAGUGAAAUUGAACGUCAUUCAUAUGAAAAAUUAAUAUUACAUGAAAAACUCAAAAAAGCACGUGAAGAUAAUGCUAAAUUAGAGCUACAAAUGUGUGAUUAUAAUGAAUUAAUAAAAUACAAUAAUUAUAAUUAUAAUAAAACAGAUAAUAAUCAUGAAAAAUUACAACAUAUUUAUGGUAAAUUUAUACGUGCUGAUAGUCAACGUAAAGCACUUGUAUUUCAAAAAAAAUAUUUACUAAGUGUUAUUGGUGGUUAUCAGUUAUCUGAAGAAACAACACUAUGUAUACUUGCACAAUUAACAAAUGAACAAAAAUCAUUUAUGACAACAAAUGAUAAUAAAUUAACACCAAAAAUACGUUUUCGUUGUUUAGUAUUAUCAAUAAUAAGUAUACACAGAAUGAAAUGGAAAGUACAACGUUGGAAAAAAGGUACAAGAAAAAAUGGAACUGAAAUUAUUCGUGAAUGUAUACCUGGACGUACAAUGUUUUUACCAUUAAAUAGAAAUUAUCAAGAACAUUCACCACCAGUUAAAGAUAAUAAAAAUAAUAGUAACAAUAAUAAUGGUAUUGAUUAUCAACGUUAUAUUCAAAGAAUGAUUAAUAUUCAAGAAACACUUGGUUUGGCUUCUGGUGAGUCUGCAUCAAAUGAAUAAAAAAAUAUUACUUCUAUCACUAUUAUUAUUAUUAUUGAUAAUUUUAAAUUAAUAAUUUUGGUAAAAGACUUAACCAAAAAUAUUUUUUAUAUAAUAUAA